CUGAAACAUAAAUGGUAGAUAUUAGAAACUUCUACAAAACUUCUGUCAAAAGUCGUUGACAGAGGUGUAGUGCUUGUAACGCACGGAAGUCUGGGUAGCCAAUGCUGGUGACGUCUCAACGCGAGUAAAAUAUUCUCGAAGGGAACAAAGUAGCGGCGAAUGACUGUUCCAGGCUUCCAUACAACCUCCCAAGACCGAGUGAGUUCUACGGCAAAACAUGGACAAAUCCUGCAGCAACUGGCAAGCUGGAAAAACAGUUCUUGAGUGUAAUAAGUACAUGUUAUCCAAUCAAAUCCACUGUGAUGUCACAUUUAAAGUAGGCAAGGAAGAACGAGAAAUACGAGCACAUAAGUAUGUGAUGACCAGUAGGAGUUCCGUCUUCUGUGACAUGCUGUUUGGAAGUUUAUCCGAAAACACUGAUGUUAUUGUUGUUCCUGAUGUUGAACACGACGUAUUUGAGGUUUUGUUAAGGUUUCUCUAUUACGAAGAGGCAGACUUUGGUGAGGUAAACGUCACAGACAUUUUACAAGCCGCCGAGAAAUACGCAAUCCCAGAUCUAACUGCUGCAUGCGGCUCCUACCUGGAAACUCAAAUUGGAGUGGAGUCAGUCUGUAUCAUUAUGGAGAAUGCCAAAAUGUUUCAUUUAAACGAUUUAUUCAUCAAAUGCACCGAGUUUAUUGUACAGUCCGAGGCUAUUUCUAAAAGAGUCAUAGAGUCAUAUGGAUUUCUGCAACUUAGCAGGGGUAUUGUCAGGUCUGUACUAGAAUUAGACGAAUUAUUGGUGAAUGAAGAAUGUGUGUACAAAUCACUUUUAUUCUGGGCACAGGAAGCUUGUGAAAGAGAAGGAAAAGACAAAGAUGAUGCUGAAGAGAUUCGCAGUACAUUGGGUGACCUUUUAUAUCGUAUUCGAUUUCCAGUGAUGUCUUUAGAAACAUUCUGGAAAGAGAUUGCUUACGACAAUGUAUUAUCGCUUGAAGAAAGAGAUCAAAUAUCGAGAGCAAUUGUCGGGAAAUCUGAUGUAAAUUCUUUACCGUUCCCAAAACGACGUAGAGUGAAAAACGUCACCGUUUAUAGAGGUACGGAAUACCAACCCACUUGGGAUUUGAAGGGCAAAGUAGAUGCACUACGGUUCGAAGUCAACAAGGCUUUGUUCUUACGCGGAUUGGUUUUGCUCGGAUGUGGCGAUACAGACCCAUACACUUAUUCAAUAGAAGUCAAAAUCAUAAAUAGUGACAAUGAAAAUGUUCUUCAUUACCCCGAACAAUCUAUUACCAGUUGUGGACCUGAAUUCCAUAUAGUUUUUGAUAAGCUGUGUCCCAUUCAAGCAAACCAGAUGUAUACCAUUUGGAUAAACAUGUGUGGUCCCAACAGCUUACAAGUGAGGGGGUGUGAUAGUGAGGUCGACGAAAUGGACUUCCAGUUUAAGUUUUUCAAGAGUGAGAUGUGCACUAAUGGUACUAGUGUCAAUUGCGGACAGCUGCCGGGACUUUUGUGUGUAUUUCCACAACAAAACCUCAGAUGUUAACGAAUAUGAAGGGAACGAACAAUAUUGAUUAUGUUUUGCGAUUUAGUUUAGUCUGCUUCGUAAAUAAAUUCAAACUAUGCUUAUACAUGUAUAUGAAAAUGUAAUUUGCCAAACAUUUUCUGUUGUGAUACCAUUUUGCAUUUUGUGGUUUGAAAUUAAUGUUUAGAAAAUGUUUUUAACAAAAUUCAUUACAUCAUAAUUUUAAGGAUGUGGAUCGAGUCUUUGUAAAUAUGGAUUAUAAACUAGCUGUCUUCGCUUUGAAUUUAGAAUGUGUAUAUGUGAUGAAAUUGAAACAGAAAUUCCAAUGGUAAUAAAAUACAAUUUUUACAAAAAGCUGUCGUACAAUAAGGUCAUUAGUAGAAAGACACUAAUUACAAUCAUACAGUGUAUAUUGCAACUACAAAACUACAGCACCAUAAUUUAUUCUCUCGAUUUCAACAAUUUUAAGGCGUUUCCAACGAUUAAUAAACGGGCAAGAAUGAAAGUAAACAGUAUUAAUUGUCAUAUUUGCUUUCCAUGAAAAGCAAUUUCCAUUAUUCGAAGGUCUGUUUCAAAUUCAGAGGAACACGUGCGUUGUCAGAUGUGAACAAAUUUGCGAGUUCACUUUUAGAGACUAACGUUAGAAAUAUUGUUACUGGAUUAGAUUUGCUGAACAGAAUUGAUAGUACUUAAAACCUACCCUCAGACGGACGACAAAUGGAAAUGUGAUUUAUAAAUACACCUCAAAUCUAUUAGAAUAACCUUAGGUAGUUUAUUACAUUAGAAUUGUAUCUAAUGGCUCGCUACAGCACCUCUUAUGAAGUAUGAUUUCACCAUCGAAAGAGUGAUACAAACUCUCAAUUAUUUUAUAUGAUUGUUUUGAUGAUUUUUCAUGGAAUGAUAAAAAUGGUACUUUGUUUGCAAAUAAGUGAUUCUGGAGUCCAAAUUUCGUUGUAAUUUGGUGUAUGAUAUGAAUGUCUAAUAAAAUUUGCCUAAAA